ACUGUAUACUUCCGGUUGCGAAAAUAGAUCUGGGAAGUUAGAGUGAUCUGUUAUAAUGGAAAACUCACAAUCAUCACCUACUCCCUCCACAAUUUCUAUGUCAGAGAUACAUUUACAAAAGGAAAACACCUCAAUUACUAUUGGUAAGAAGAAGGAGCCUAGAAGGAGAGUGUACUGCAGCGAUGGUGUUUAUGAAGAAUACUCGACAGACGAAGAGGAGCCUGUUGAAUUACCUCCACCAGUUGAUCCCAAAACCUUAACCUGGGCUCCUUGGAUAGGCUAUUACUUUCGGCAUGUUGGUCUUAAAACUUUAAAUGCUGCCGAUUAUCUUGGUGAGAAGCUUGCUUGGUUUUUUGGAAUAACAUCUCCGAAAUAUCAAUAUAUAAUUGAUGAAGUGAAUAGAAGAAAUGCAGAGGAAAAUGAAAGUUCUGAAUUCAAACAAAGAGAAUAUGAGGCCGAAAAACAGAGAGAAAGUGAAAAAACUACAAAAUUUUAA